AUGUGUCGGACUCAGACAGCCAAGCAUUCAGACGCGCUCAAUCCCGAGUGCGCGACUAUGUUUUUCCGCCGCCCAGUUCAGUCAUACUGCGACGUUGGCUGCGCGGACGGCUUCAUCACAGUCGCUAUUGGAAACUACCUGCACUUAUCGCCGACUCAGAUUUUUGGGUGCGAUGUUCGCGACCUUCCUCCUGAGGGAAACAAGUUCCAAUUCAAGUAUUAUGAUGGGCAGAAGCUUCCGUAUAUGAACAAUUCUUUUGAUGUAAUGACGAUCUAUAUGGUCAUGCAUCAUAUCCCUCAUAUCCAAUCCUUCAUUAAGGAGCUUUAUCGAGUCUUGAAGAAUGGGGGAUAUCUCGUGAUUCGGGAGCAUGAUUGCAACCCCGAAGACAUGAGAAUGUUUUUAGAUAUUCAGCACGGUCUUUAUGCUCUGGUUUUGUCUCCCAUUGUUGAGACUCCCGACUUUUGUACGACUUUCCAGACCUACUAUAAGAGUCGCACACAAUGGAGAGAAAUGUUGUGCGACGCUGGAUUUACGGAAAUAACAAGUGACUCAAUCUCUGAAGAAAAUAGGAGAGAUUUCAAUCGAUUGACACAUGGAAGGAUUGGAACUAGUCGACCAAACGGAGAAAUCGCCAACUUAUUGAACACCUAUUAUGGACAAGGAUUUGGAAAGAAGCAAAAGGAGGAAUUAUGGCGAUAG